CUCACACACACACACACACACACACACACUCGCGUGAAACACAGCAGAGACACACACACGCCGUGAUCUCCGUGAGUGUGUUCGGGAUCUGAUGGAUGAUGGAUGUGAAGGACUGUGGCGGAGUGAUUCUGACUGCGUUUCAUUCAUUCAGGAUCCACGCAGAUGAGCAGAAACACGCAGCAGACACCAGGAAAGCGCAGUAUCAGCGGAUAGGCAGCAUGAGUUUGGAGCGGGACUCCAUGGAGGACUAUUGGAGUGAGAUGAAGAGCAUCGAUGAGGAGCGUCAGGGAGGACCGGAGGAGCAGAUGGAGCGAGCCAGUGUGGACGAGGCGGAGCUUGAAGAGGCGUGGCUGCAGGAGGCGGGGCUCUCCACACUGGUGACGGGAACACAGAGCGACGGCCCGGCGGAGGCUCUCCUCUCCACGCUCACGCGCUCACAGGCCGCCAUGGUGAAGAAACGGCUGGAUAACUACACGCAGACGCUGCGCAAGAGGAACAGGCAGCCCAUGAGACACGUGCGAGACGUCUUCUCCAUGUCCGACGUGUCGAGUUUUCAGAUCGUGAGGCCCAGACAGGGCGUGACGCGAGUGAGCGAUCUAUCGUCUGAGGACAUCAAGAAGAUCGGCUACAUCUCCCUGAUCGAGCUGACCACAUUCUACGACUUCAUGGGCAUCGAGAUGAAGAGGAACCGCGUGGUGCGCAGUAAAGCACGGGACAGCGGCAUAUUUGGCGUUCCUCUCACUACAUUGCUGGAAAACGACCAGAAAAAAUACCCCGGUUCCAGAGUUCCUCUGGUUUUCAAGAAGAGUUUUCAGAUCGUGAGGCCCAGACAGGGCGUGACGCGAGUGAGCGAUCUAUCGUCUGAGGACAUCAAGAAGAUCGGCUACAUCUCCCUGAUCGAGCUGACCACAUUCUACGACUUCAUGGGCAUCGAGAUGAAGAGGAACCGCGUGGUGCGCAGUAAAGCACGGGACAGCGGCAUAUUUGGCGUUCCUCUCACUACAUUGCUGGAAAACGACCAGAAAAAAUACCCCGGUUCCAGAGUUCCUCUGGUUUUCAAGAAGUUGUUGUCUAAACUGGAGCAGACGGGCUUACAGACGGAGGGGAUUCUCAGGGUUCCGGGAUCAGCGUCCAGAGUGAAGCAUCUGCGUCAGGAGCUGGAGCUGAAGUUCUACGAGGAUCAUUUCGACUGGGAUCAGGUGCGUCAGAACGACGCGGCGGGUUUGUUGAAGAUGUUCAUCCGCGAGCUGCCGUAUCCUCUGCUGACCCAACAGCACCUGCCGGCGUUCACAGCCGCUCAGAGUAUCUCAUCACCCAAACAUCAGAUUCAGGCUCUUCAUCUUCUCAUCAUGCUGCUUCCUGAAGCCAACAGAGACACACUGAAGGCUCUUCUGGAGUUCCUCAGAAAGGUGGUGGCGUACGAGGAGAAGAACCGCAUGAGUCUGUGGAACGUCUCCAUGAUCGUCGCGCCGAACCUCUUCACGUUUCGCGGGAAGAACGUCAGACAGGAGGAGAUGCAGGGUGCGGUCGCUGCGGCCCAGCUCGUGCGUCUCCUCAUUACCCAUCAGGACCUGCUGUGGACGGUCCCGUGCUUUCUGAUCUCCCACGUCAGGAAAAUGAACGAAGCCGCCAUGGGCAAGAAAACACCGACUUCAGAGAAAAGCAAGCGCAGGCUACUGAGGAGAUGGAACAUGGAGAAGGAGCGCGAGCGCAGUGAAGUCACGGACCUUCGCGACGGCGUCAUCAGAGUUCACGCGCCGCUCCACGCCAAGGUUUCCAUGGCGAUUCAGCUGAACGCCGAGAUGAAGGCCAGAGACAUAACGGCGCGCUUCGACAUCGAGAACGGGCGCGGGUCACGCAGCGCCGCUCGAAGACAGAGACAGUAUCUGUUCGAGAUCGGAGGAAACAUCGGCGAGCGCUGCCUGGAUCCAGACGCACAUUUACUAACCACCUGCUGUGUGUGCCUUCAUCUGUGA